AUGUCAGAAAAUGAGCCUAGAGGAGCUACACUUCAGUGCAUAUCAUCAUAUCUAAAGCCUAGAGGAGCUACACUUCAAUGCAUAUCAUCAUAUCUAAAGCCUAGAGGCGCUACACUUCAGUGCAUAUCAUCAUAUCUAAAGCCUAGAGGAGCUACACUUCAAUGCAUAUCAUCAUAUCUAAAGCCUAGAGGCGCUACACUUCAGUGCAUAUCAUCAUAUCUAAAGCCUAGAGGAGCUACACUUCAAUGCAUAUCAUCAUAUCUAAAGCCUAGAGGCGCUACACUUCAGUGCAUAUCAUCAUAUCUAAAGCCUAGAGGAGCUACACUUCAGUGCAUAUCAUCAUAUCUAAAGCCUAGAGGAGCUACACUUCAGUGCAUAUCAUCAUAUCUAAAGCCUAGAGGAGCUACACUUCAGUGCAUAUCAUCAUAUAUAAAGCCUAGAGGAGCUACACUUCAGUGCAUAUCAUCAUAUCUAAAGCCUAGAGGAGCUACACUUCAGUGCAUAUCAUCAUACCUAAAGCCUAGAGGAGCUACACUUCAGUGCAUAUCAUCAUAUCUAAAGCCUAGAGGAGCUACACUUCAGUGCAUAUCAUCAUAUCUAAAGCCUAGAGGAGCUACACUUCAGUGCAUAUCAUCAUAUCUAAAGCCUAGAGGAGCUACACUUCAGUGCAUAUCAUCAUAUCUAAAGCCUAGAGGAGCUACACUUCAGUGCAUAUCAUCAUAUCUAAAGCCUAGAGGAGCUACACUUCAGUGCAUAUCAUCAUAUCUAAAGCCUAGAGGAGCUACACUUCAGUGCAUAUCAUCAUAUCUAAAGCCUAGACGAGCUACACUUCAAUGCAUAUCAUCAUAUCUAAAGCCUAGAGGCGCUACACUUCAGUGCAUAUCAUCAUAUCUAAAGCCUAGAGGAGCUACACUUCAAUGCAUAUCAUCAUAUCUAAAGCCUAGAGGCGCUACACUUCAGUGCAUAUCAUCAUAUCUAAAGCCUAGAGGAGCUACACUUCAGUGCAUAUCAUCAUAUCUAAAGCCUAGAGGAGCUACACUUCAGUGCAUAUCAUCAUAUCUAAAGCCUAGAGGAGCUACACUUCAGUGCAUAUCAUCAUAUCUAAAGCCUAGAGGAGCUACACUUCAGUGCAUAUCAUCAUAUCUAAAGCCUAGAGGAGCUACACUUCAGUGCAUAUCAUCAUAUCUAAAGCCUAGAGGAGCUACACUUCAGUGCAUAUCAUCAUAUCUAAAGCCUAGAGGAGCUACACUUCAGUGCAUAUCAUCAUACCUAAAGCCUAGAGGAGCUACACUUCAGUGCAUAUCAUCAUAUCUAAAGCCUAGAGGAGCUACACUUCAGUGCAUAUCAUCAUAUCUAAAGCCUAGAGGAGCUACACUUCAGUGCAUAUCAUCAUAUCUAAAGCCUAGAGGAGCUACACUUCAGUGCAUAUCAUCAUAUCUAAAGCCUAGAGGAGCUACACUUCAGUGCAUAUCAUCAUAUCUAAAGCCUAGAGGAGCUACACUUCAGUGCAUAUCAUCAUAUCUAAAGCCUAGAGGAGCUACACUUCAGUGCAUAUCAUCAUAUCUAAAGCCUAGAGGAGCUACACUUCAGUGCAUAUCAUCAUAUCUAAAGCCUAGAGGAGCUACACUUCAGUGCAUAUCAUCAUAUCUAAAGCCUAGAGGAGCUACACUUCAGUGCAUAUCAUCAUAUCUAAAGCCUAGAGGCGCUACACUUCAGUGCAUAUCAUCAUAUCUAAAGCCUAGAGGCGCUACACUUCAGUGCAUAUCAUCAUAUCUAAAGCCUAGAGGAGCUACACUUCAAUGCAUAUCAUCAUAUCUAAAGCCUAGAGGAGCUACACUUCAGUGCAUAUCAUCAUAUCUAAAGCCUAGAGAGAGCUACACUUCACCUAGAGGAGCUACACUUCAGUGCAUAUCAUCAUAUCUAAAGCCUAGAGGAGCUACACUUCAGUGCAUAUCAUCAUAUCUAAAGCCUAGAGGAGCUACACUUCAGUGCAUAUCAUCAUAUCUAAAGCCUAGAGGAGCUACACUUCAGUGCAUAUCAUCAUAUCUAAAGCCUAGAGGAGCUACACUUCAGUGCAUAUCAUCAUAUCUAAAGCCUAGAGGAGCUACACUUCAGUGCAUAUCAUCAUAUCUAAAGCCUAGAGGAGCUACACUUCAGUGCAUAUCAUCAUAUCUAAAGCCUAGAGGAGCUACACUUCAGUGCAUAUCAUCAUAUCUAAAGCCUAGAGGAGCUACACUUCAGUGCAUAUCAUCAUAUCUAAAGCCUAGAGGAGCUACACUUCAGUGCAUAUCAUCAUAUCUAAAGCCUAGAGGAGCUACACUUCAGUGCAUAUCAUCAUAUCUAAAGCCUAGAGGAGCUACACUUCAGUGCAUAUCAUCAUACCUAAAGCCUAGAGGAGCUACACUUCAGUGCAUAUCAUCAUAUCUAAAGCCUAGAGGAGCUACACUUCAGUGCAUAUCAUCAUAUCUAAAGCCUAGAGGAGCUACACUUCAGUGCAUAUCAUCAUAUCUAAAGCCUAGAGGAGCUACACUUCAGUGCAUAUCAUCAUAUCUAAAGCCUAGAGGAGCUACACUUCAGUGCAUAUCAUCAUAUCUAAAGCCUAGACGAGCUACACUUCAAUGCAUAUCAUCAUAUCUAAAGCCUAGAGGCGCUACACUUCAGUGCAUAUCAUCAUAUCUAAAGCCUAGAGGAGCUACACUUCAGUGCAUAUCAUCAUAUCUAAAGCCUAGAGGCGCUACACUUCAGUGCAUAUCAUCAUAUCUAAAGCCUAGAGGAGCUACACUUCAAUGCAUAUCAUCAUAUCUAAAGCCUAGAGGCGCUACACUUCAGUGCAUAUCAUCAUAUCUAAAGCCUAGAGGAGCUACACUUCAGUGCAUAUCAUCAUAUCUAAAGCCUAGAGGAGCUACACUUCAGUGCAUAUCAUCAUAUCUAAAGCCUAGAGGAGCUACACUUCAGUGCAUAUCAUCAUAUCUAAAGCCUAGAGGAGCUACACUUCAGUGCAUAUCAUCAUAUCUAAAGCCUAGAGGAGCUACACUUCAGUGCAUAUCAUCAUAUCUAAAGCCUAGAGGAGCUACACUUCAGUGCAUAUCAUCAUAUCUAAAGCCUAGAGGAGCUACACUUCAGUGCAUAUCAUCAUAUCUAAAGCCUAGAGGAGCUACACUUCAGUGCAUAUCAUCAUAUCUAAAGCCUAGAGGAGCUACACUUCAGUGCAUAUCAUCAUAUCUAAAGCCUAGAGGAGCUACACUUCAGUGCAUAUCAUCAUAUCUAAAGCCUAGAGGAGCUACACUUCAGUGCAUAUCAUCAUAUCUAAAGCCUAGAGGAGCUACACUUCAGUGCAUAUCAUCAUAUCUAAAGCCUAGAGGAUCUACACUUCAGUGCAUAUCAUCAUAUCUAAAGCCUAGAGGAGCUACACUUCAGUGCAUAUCAUCAUAUCUAAAGCCUAGAGGAGCUACACUUCAGUGCAUAUCAUCAUAUCUAAAGCCUAGAGGCGCUACACUUCAGUGCAUAUCAUCAUAUCUAAAGCCUAGAGGCGCUACACUUCAGUGCAUAUCAUCAUAUCUAAAGCCUAGAGGAGCUACACUUCAAUGCAUAUCAUCAUAUCUAAAGCCUAGAGGAGCUACACUUCAGUGCAUAUCAUCAUAUCUAAAGCCUAGAGGAGCUACACUUCAGUGCAUAUCAUCAUAUCUAAAGCCUAGAGGAGCUACACUUCAGUGCAUAUCAUCAUAUCUAAAGCCUAGAGGACCUACACUUCAGUGCAUAUCAUCAUAUCUAAAGCCUAGAGGAGCUACACUUCAGUGCAUAUCAUCAUAUCUAAAGCCUAGAGGAGCUACACUUCAGUGCAUAUCAUCAUAUCUAAAGCCUAGAGGAGCUACACUUCAGUGCAUAUCAUCAUAUCUAAAGCCUAGAGGAGCUACACUUCAGUGCAUAUCAUCAUAUCUAAAGCCUAGAGGAGCUACACUUCAGUGCAUAUCAUCAUAUCUAAAGCCUAGAGGAGCUACACUUCAGUGCAUAUCAUCAUAUCUAAAGCCUAGAGGAGCUACACUUCAGUGCAUAUCAUCAUACCUAAAGCCUAGAGGAGCUACACUUCAGUGCAUAUCAUCAUAUCUAAAGCCUAGAGGAGCUACACUUCAGUGCAUAUCAUCAUAUCUAAAGCCUAGAGGAGCUACACUUCAGUGCAUAUCAUCAUAUCUAAAGCCUAGAGGAGCUACACUUCAGUGCAUAUCAUCAUAUCUAAAGCCUAGAGGAGCUACACUUCAGUGCAUAUCAUCAUAUCUAAAGCCUAGAGGAGCUACACUUCAGUGCAUAUCAUCAUAUCUAAAGCCUAGAGGAGCUACACUUCAGUGCAUAUCAUCAUAUCUAAAGCCUAGAGGCGCUACACUUCAGUGCAUAUCAUCAUAUCUAAAGCCUAGAGGAGCUACACUUCAAUGCAUAUCAUCAUAUCUAAAGCCUAGAGGCGCUACACUUCAGUGCAUAUCAUCAUAUCUAAAGCCUAGAGGAGCUACACUUCAAUGCAUAUCAUCAUAUCUAAAGCCUAGAGGCGCUACACUUCAGUGCAUAUCAUCAUAUCUAAAGCCUAGAGGAGCUACACUUCAGUGCAUAUCAUCAUAUCUAAAGCCUAGAGGAGCUACACUUCAGUGCAUAUCAUCAUAUCUAAAGCCUAGAGGAGCUACACUUCAGUGCAUAUCAUCAUAUCUAAAGCCUAGAGGAGCUACACUUCAGUGCAUAUCAUCAUAUCUAAAGCCUAGAGGAGCUACACUUCAGUGCAUAUCAUCAUACCUAAAGCCUAGAGGAGCUACACUUCAGUGCAUAUCAUCAUAUCUAAAGCCUAGAGGAGCUACACUUCAGUGCAUAUCAUCAUAUCUAAAGCCUAGAGGAGCUACACUUCAGUGCAUAUCAUCAUAUCUAAAGCCUAGAGGAGCUACACUUCAGUGCAUAUCAUCAUAUCUAAAGCCUAGAGGAGCUACACUUCAGUGCAUAUCAUCAUAUCUAAAGCCUAGAGGAGCUACACUUCAGUGCAUAUCAUCAUAUCUAAAGCCUAGAGGAGCUACACUUCAGUGCAUAUCAUCAUAUCUAAAGCCUAGAGGAGCUACACUUCAGUGCAUAUCAUCAUAUCUAAAGCCUAGAGGAGCUACACUUCAGUGCAUAUCAUCAUAUCUAAAGCCUAGAGGAGCUACACUUCAGUGCAUAUCAUCAUAUCUAAAGCCUAGAGGAGCUACACUUCAGUGCAUAUCAUCAUAUCUAAAGCCUAGAGGAGCUACACUUCAGUGCAUAUCAUCAUAUCUAAAGCCUAGAGGAGCUACACUUCAGUGCAUAUCAUCAUAUCUAAAGCCUAGAGGAGCUACACUUCAGUGCAUAUCAUCAUAUCUUUAUAAUAGGCAACAAUGCAAAUAG